GCUAAAAAGUUCAAAAUGAUUGACGGUAGAGCAUUACAUUUCGUUUUCAAAGUGGCUGAUAGAACCCUUACAGCGAAGUUUUACCGAGAAGUUUUGGGGAUGAAGGUCUUACGCCACGAAGAAUUUAGUGAAGGAUGUGAAGCAGCAUGCAAUGGACCCUAUGCAAAUCGCUGGAGUAAAACUAUGAUAGGCUAUGGCCCAGAAGACACACAUUUUGUUGUGGAACUGACUUAUAACUAUGGAAUAACAUAUUAUGAACAAGGAAAUGACUUUCUGGGUCUCACAAUUCAAUCAAGUGAAAGCUUAAAAAGAGCAGCAGCUGCUAACUGGCCUGUGAAGGAACAUAAUGGUCUGAAAUAUGUGGAAGCACCUGGUGGAUACAAGUUCUACAUAAUUGACAAACCACAACCAAUAGAUAAAGAUCCAGUUGUCAAAGUAUCUCUGGCAAGUUCAAAUCUAGCAAAAUCUAUUGCCUACUGGAAUGGCCUUUUAUCACUCAAGAUCUUUGAAAAGUCAGAUAAAUCAGUACUUCUUGGAUUUAGUGAAAAUCAAGCUAAACUAGAAUUAGUUGACAUUGGUGGUCCAGUAAACCACGCGAAGGCGUAUGGUCGUAUCGCGUUCUCUUGCCCUUUCGAUCAGCAGCCGCUCAUUGACAAGAAAAUUCAAGAAGCAAACGGAAAAAUUCUAACUCCCCUGAUAUCCCUCGACACGCCAGGGAAGGCCACCGUCCGUGUCAUUAUUUUGGCUGACCCAGAUGACCAUGAGAUCUGCUUCGUCGAUGACGAAAGUUUCCGUCAACUGUCACAAGUAGACCCCAACAGUGACGCUGAUUUGGACAAAUUUAUUAAGUCUGAUAAAUCUCGCGCCUAAUAAUUUAAGGAUGGCUACACAAAAAUUAGUCUGUAAAAUUCUGUAAAUGUUUUUAUUAAUUGUUUACAUAAUUAAAUAUAUCUCUAUUGGAGUUUAUAGCUUAACAUGCAAAAUGAUAAUUAUCGCAAAUAAUUUAGCGAGUGGCAAUACGUAAAUACUUAAAAGUGUAAGUGUGUUAUCGAAAUAAUAAAAGAUAAUUAGUUGUAA